CUCUGCAUUAAAAUUUGAAUAAAAAGAGAGGAAAUUUGUCAAGUUAAUUUGAGAUAGAUAGAGAUAGGCAUAGAGAUUGAGUUUUAAAUUGUAGAUGGAUGUGAAACUGGCCGUGAUAGUUCAUACCCUUAAAGACGCCUCUAAUUGGUGGGAAGAUGUUAAUGAGUCUCCACUCUGGCAGGAUCGUAUCUUCCAUGCUCUUGCCAUCCUAUACGGCUUGGUCGCUGCCGUAGCGCUGGUUCAACUGAUUCGAAUACAGUUAAGAGUUCCUGAGUACGGGUGGACCACGCAGAAGGUCUUUCAUCUUCUUAAUUUUCUGGUGAACGGCGUUCGAUGUGUAGUAUUUAUUUUUCGUCGGAAUGUGCAGAAUUUACAGCCUGAUAUUCUUCAACAUAUUCUGCUUGAUGUGCCAAGUCUUGCGUUCUUCACUACGUACGCCCUUUUGGUUCUGUUUUGGGCUGAGAUUUACUAUCAGGCACGUGCAGUAUCUACUGAUGGACUGCGGCCGAGUUUCUUUACUAUUAAUGCAGUAGUUUAUGCUGUUCAGAUCACUUUGUGGCUAGUAUUAUGCUGGAAGCCUAUCCCGGUUGCUAUAAUCCUAUCUAAGAUGUUCUUUGCUGGAGUCUCCUUGUUUUCAGCCCUUGGGUUCUUGCUUUAUGGUGGAAGGCUGUUCUUAAUGUUACAGCGUUUCCCCGUAGAAUCAAAAGGUCGUCGUAAGAAGCUGCAAGAGGUUGGCUAUGUGACCACCAUAUGUUUCACAUGUUUCCUGGUUAGAUGUGUAAUGAUGUGCUUUAAUGCAUUUGACAAAGCCGCAAACCUUGAUGUUGUGGAUCAUCCUGUCCUAAACUUGAUAUACUACCUGUUAGUUGAGAUACUACCUUCUUCAUUGGUGCUUUUCAUCCUGAGGAAGUUGCCCCCAAAACGUGGUAUCACACAGUAUCAUCCUAUACGCUGAAGGGAUUAAUGCUUGUUUCAGUUGUUUUAUUUACGCUUGAAUGAGAAGAAAGAGGACCCAUCCUGUAUUUGAUGUUAAUUGGUCUGUUGGGGCUUGCUUCUAGGUGUUAGAAAGAAAUGAUAGACCUACUAAAGGAUUGUUAAUUAUGUUCUGUUGUGGGUUUGUAUGCUUUCCGCUUUUCAAAAUUUGCUAUUCUAUCAGACAAUUGCUUAAAUUUAUUGCUCUUUUUCUUUUUUAACAGUA